AUGGACAGUAUUCUCAAAGCGGCCGGCGGCAGCCUCAACACCAAGGAGGGCGAGUCCAACAAAUUCAUGGAUUCCAUCAACAACGUCGCAGGCGGCGGUGAAAAGUCGGAGCAGCAAGAGGAUGGACUAGACAAGGCUGUCGAUUUUGUGCAGGAAAAGGUACUUGGCCAAGGCCAACAAAACAACGAAACCGCCGCGGAGCAGGCCAAGGACGAGGCCAUCUCCGACUACAUCCGCGACAAGUACAAGGACACCACCGGUAGUGAUUUCCCCAUCGCAGACAAGGAGAAAAAGUUUGGAUUGUAG